AUAAGUGAUUCAUUGGUGAUCUCAGAAUUCUCAGAUUUUCUCAGAUGAUUCUCAGUCACAGCUCAGAGUCAGAUUAACGAUUAUCUUGUGAUCCUGCUUUAAAUUGUUUAUUCAAUUCAACUGGUAGUUAUUAGUGGAAAUUGGAUACAUAAUAUGGGCGAUGUUAAAAGCAAAGAUAAGUUAAAACCCAUGAAGGAAUACACCCCAGUAAAAGAUUUCCAAUUUCUUGAUCCACUAGAGGAAGAUUCCAACAACGGGUUAUGCUUAAAUGGUAUCUAUGUACCAGAAGAAGUACUAGAGAACAUUCUCAUCCACAUUCCACCCAAACAUUUACUGUACUUGACUCUGGUCUGCAAAAAAUGGAACAAUAUUAUCAAAUCUGAUAGUUUCUGGAAAAAUGUGUUUAAUAUGCACCAGCCCAACAAAACACAGUUGCUCCCUUGGUAUAUUUAUUACUCCUAUUUAAACACAAAUAACUUUGAGAACCUCUUGAAAAACGGAAAUGGUCAAGAAAAGUUCAAGCAUUGGAAGAUUGUCAAAAACUAUGGAGACCAGUUUGUGAUAGAGAAGAAGCCUCAGGGAUCUGAUCCUUUACCAGCAAAUGUACCAGAAUUCUAUGGACAUGAAUCUUGCUUUGCCACUUCAUUUUAUGAAUGUAACAAAAUACAGGAAAUCCCAUUGAAAGAUAAAAGACUUAUCAGGUAUAUCAUCACAAAAUUCCAUGUUCCUAUCUAUGCCAGUGAAUGGACAGCUGGUAGAUUUGACUGUGGUUGUGAAUACCACCUAAAAUUUACAGGAUUUGGUGAAACUAAUAAUGACUUGGCUAAAGAACAUGUUGAUUUAGGUAUGCAUGAUAUUACUGAAGAAGACAAUUUUGAUGCAUCAGAAGAAGGAAGGUCACCACAUUUUGAAAAAGCUGAAAAGGUCACUGUGAGACAGUGGGAGGGCAAUAAAUGGGAAAAAGUGGAGAUUAUCAUAUCUGAAAAUUAUCCUGCUGAUCUGGCAAUGCUAGUUUUUGAACACCAAGGUAGAGAUACUCAGUUUUGGAAAGGUCAUUAUGGAAGCAAAAUGGCAGGAGGUGUUGUUAAAUUCCUAAUUGAAGGCAUAGAGCCUAGAAAUUGAGUCAAUUUUCUCUUAUGAAAUUGGGAGAAAUAAAUUGUAAAUGUUUUUGACAGUUGAAGGUAUCAAUAGUGGCUUCAUCAUCUUAAUUUUGAGUAAUUUCUUGAUUGAAAACACCUGUCAAUUAUGAGAUUUUUAAGAAAAAACUGUUUUAAAAGAUAUUGAUGAGCUUAUAAUUUAUAAAAUGGAGUGCAUUGAAGUCAAUCUGGAGAAUUUGUAGUUGAAAUUUUGUUGUUAGUUAAUUCUUUCAUGAUUGAAUAAUUUGAUAAGAAAAGCUUUGCCUUCAGUGCUCCACCAUAUUUUUAGCAAGUAAUUUAUAUUAUGUGGUUUCAACUGCUUUAAAAUGAAGUGUGAUAGUUAUACUAAGCUGUGAUCAACUUGCAACAUAUUCUAUAAAUGUCAUAAGACAAUAAUUCUAUGAGUGCUCUUUGGACAUAUAAUUUAUACAUACUUUAUUCCCUAAUACAUAUUUUUUUUGGCU